CACAGCACGACCUUGAAACCUCCAAUACGAACUGUCCGCCCACUCAAAUAAAUACUACUCGCGAGGCAAUAGAAAAUUACGCGCCCUGAUCGGCGCGUAGACCCCACGCUAUCCUUUCUCAAUUUGUCAACGGACACAGCUUCUUCCACAUUCAACAACCUCUCCGCCAUCACUGCAUAAAUUAUACUCUUAACCCUAAAGCCCAUUACUAUAAAGCUCAAUUAUCUGCACACUAGGAUUUUAAUAUUUCCAAAUUCUUAUCCUUGUUUCCCCGCAAGUCAACAAUUUCCCAAGUCUCUCAAGAAAUUUGGGAUUUCUUCCAGGUUUAGCAAAAGGGUUCCUUGAAUAGCUUUCACCGGCCCCAAAUGGAAGGCGUGGCGGCCGCGAAGCCCACUUUGUGGCGGCAGUCUUCGAAGGCGCCGGAGAGGGACCUUCAUAAGGUCACUGACGACUUUGACAGAGAUAACGAGGAUAACGAUGCAAACGACAUGGACCCAGGGUUUAAGCUGAUGUGUAUGGCUAAUGAGGGUGAUGUAGAAGGUAUCCAGGAGCUUCUAGAAUCCGGUGCCGAUGUUAAUUCCCGUGACGUGGAUUUCCGAACGGCACUUCAUGUUGCCGCUUGUCAGGGGCACGGUGGUGUGGCCGAGCUGCUGCUUGUGAAUGGAGCUGACGUGGACCCAAAGGAUCGGUGGGGGAGCACGGGGUUUACAUCUUGUUUUGCUGAGAAGUGUGGGAUUUUCGAGUUUUCUUUUAACAAUAUUUGUUUGGAGAUAUCUGAUGCCAUACAUUACAAAAAUCAUUCAGUGAUCAAGCUACUGGAGAAUCAUGGUGCAAAACGACUAAUUGCUCCAAUGCGGGUACAAAAUGCCCGUGAGGUGCCGGAAUAUGAGAUUGAUCCAAGAGAGCUUGAUUUUACUAACAGCAUUGCAAUAACAAAGGGAACCUACAGAAUAGCUUCAUGGGGUGGGACCCAAGUUGCCGUAAAAAUAUUUUGGGAGGGGACUGCCGAUGUGUAUAAAGUGAGGGCAUUUAGAAACGAGCUUUCGUUGCUUCAAAAAAUAAGACAUCCAAACGUCGUUCAGUUUCUUGGUGCCGUAACCCAGAGUAGUCCUAUGAUGAUUGUAACAGAAUAUUUACCAAAGGGUGACCUUCACGAAUAUUUGAAAAGAAAAGGCGCUCUUAAGCCCGCAAAAGCCCUCAGAUUUGCUAUGGAUAUUGCGAGGGGAAUGAAUUAUCUACAUGAACACAAACCAGAAGCUAUCAUUCACCGUGAUCUUGAACCUUCAAAUAUCUUGCGGGAUGAUUCUGGGCACUUGAAAGUUGCAGAUUUUGGAGUUAGCAAGCUUCUUGAAGUUGCUAACAGAAUCAAAGAAGAUAAGCCUCUGACUAGUCAAGAUACUGCUUGUCGUUAUGUUGCCCCAGAAGUCUUCAGAAAUGAAGAGUACGAUACAAAAGUGGAUGUUUUCUCAUUUGCAUUAAUUCUGCAGGAGCUUAUUGAAGGGUGCCCCCCUUUUAGUUCGAAGCUCGACUAUGAAGUGCCCAAAUCGUAUAUUGCUAAACAACGCCCCCCUUUUAGGGCCCCGGCUAAGUUUUAUGCCCACGGACUAAAAGAGUAUGUUGAUCGAAGGGUGUUGGAGUUCGAACCCUUCUGAUAGACCGACAUUUAAACAAAUUAUUCCUCAGUUAGAGGCCAUUUACAAUCGGGUUGCCCGUAAAAAUAGUUGGAAGGUAUUUU